AUGGCAGGAACCACUUCUUCAAUCAUCUCCAAUCUAUUGUCUUCCUUGAAACGGAUAUCCCAGUUUAUGCCUAACUUUUCUUCGUUGGCUGCAUCUUCCUCAUCAUCCAUAGCACAAGAAGAUGUAACUGCUGCCAAAGUUGAUUCGAUCCAAAAAACAUUAAUGGAGGAUUUGAGCCGAUUGUCGAAGAUGCUGCAAAGAAUUCAGGCAGUCCUUCAUGAUGCCGAGGAGAGGGAGAUCUAUGACAAGGCUAUCCAACUCUGGCUCAACGAGCUUAGAGAAGUUGCUUAUGAUGCUGAAGAUGUCUUGGAUCAAUAUGAUUAUCAAGUUAUCAAAAUCCAAGUGGAAGGAAUGACAGCAGCAGCUGAAGCUGAGCCAUCUUUAAAUAGGAAGCUAGUAGAUGAUCAUGAUGAUGAUAAAGAUGAGGAUAUGCAUGACUACCAGGCACGAAUCUCGAGGACUUUCGACGGACUAAUAUCCGAUGCCGGAAUUCUUCGUGUCGUCGGACUAAUACCCUUCAUCGGACUUCUCCAACGGCUGUUGGAGUCACUGCGUGCCCAUAGCGGUGCGACUGUUCAUCCGCACGUGUGGGUCAUUCCGUCUCCGCAUGAGCUUGGAUGCUUGGAUAAUGAGAAAUCAUGGUUAUUAUUCCAAAGACAUGCUUUUUGUGGUUGGGAACCUGGUCAACAACAAAAUUUUGAACAAUUGGGGCGGGGAAUUACUAAGAAAUGUGGAGGAUUGCCUUUGGCUUUAAAGGCAAUUGGAGGAUUUCUACGAUAUGAAGUUAAGGAGCAGAUUUGGAAGGAUGUUUUAAACAAUAAUCUAUGGGAGUUGGAGGAGACUAGAAGUCUUAUUUUGCCAUCACUAAGGAUAAGCUAUAAUUACAUGCCUGCACAUCUUAAACCAUGCUUUCUCUAUGCAUCUCUAUUCCCAAAGGAUCAUUCAUUUGGGAAAGAAGAAUUGACAGGAAUGUGGAUAGCUCAAGGUUACAUUCAAUUUACAGGAAGAAAAAGAUUUUUGGAAGAUAUUGCAUUUGAAUUCUUCGAAGACUUGGUGACAAGGUCAUUCUUUCAACACUCUAAAGUAGGUAUUGGAAAUUUUACUUUGCAUGAUAUGGUGCAUGAUUUGGCUAAGUUUAUAGCGAGAAAUGAGAUAUGUUCUUCAUUAGAGUUUGAUGAAUUGAAGAACAUCCCCAGAGAUGCAAAGCAUAUUUUCAUAAAAGACACAAAGGUUGAUCGAGUACAUUCACUUGGGAAUAUAAGAACACUUUAUAUUUCUACAACGUAUCAUUAUUCUGUGGCACUUCAACAAAAUGUAUUUUCUGAGAUUCCAUUCUCUCAUUUGGGCUACAUGCGUGUUUUUAUAUUUCGUGUGCCUAUGUUCAAUUGCAGCUCUGAAUUUAUAGAUUUGAUAGGUAACCUACAGUUACUCCGUUACCUCUCUAUCUUUGUGUAUACAAUCCAAAUGACAGAAAACUCAUUAUGCAGACUUUACAAGUUACAAACACUAAGACUAGAAUCAUUUCAUAUAAAUAUGCUACCCCUUGCAAUGGGAAAUCUUAUCAACUUACGUCACUUGGUUAUUCGUAGCAAAUUUCAAGAUUUGUUGCCGAAACCAUAUUUUGGGAGUAAAAAUAUCCUUGAUUUUAAUUUUAAUUGGGUAUAUAAUAUUUUGGAAGGGGAUGUACUUAGUUAUGAAGUAAGAAAAGAUGGCCAAAAUUCUAAUAUUAGUUUGCUAGAACCACUACAAAAUUUGCGAGGAAAUCUAAUACUUUGUGGGCUUGAAAAUGUGGUCGAUUAUGAAGAAGCAAAGAGUGCUAAUUUGCAAAGUAAGCCAUAUGUUGAGAGCCUAUCACUUAUAUGGAAAUAUGAUAAAUAUGUUGAAUGUGCAAGGAAUGAUGAUAAAGCUAUUCUUGAAGGCCUCCAACCCCACACAAACCUUAAAGAGUUAACCAUUCAAGGCUACAGUGGUAGCAGCUUCCCAAGUUGGUUUGGCAAUCCUCACUUCUCCAAUUUAACAAACAUAAGCUUGAGAGAUUUCAACAACAAUGAAGAAUGUAGGCUUCUUCCUUUGUCUAAGCUACCAUCUCUCACUUCACUUGUAAUUAUUCGUAAUUAUCGGAUUACUAGAAUGGGGCAAGAUUUUUGGUGUUCUGAUGUCUCUCCUGAUGAUCUUGAGAAUUACUCUAUGGAGGAGCAUGAGGAUUUUCAUUCAUCUGAUUAUUUGACAAAUAAAAGUUUGCUUCAAUGGAAAGAGCAACCAAUGGUAAAGCAUGGAGAUUUCUCAAGCCUAAAGACUUUACGCAUAGGUUAUUGCAAGAUGUUGCAACAUAUAUCAAGCCUCCCAUCAAGACUUAAGGAAUUUAUAGUGUAUUCUAUUGGUUUGCAGAAUUAUUGGUAUCGUCCAGCUGUUGUGGAAGAGUUGAUUGAGAACUCGAACUUUGAGCCUUCCGAGGAGAUUGAUUCGGCCACGUCCUUAGGAUCUAGACCGUCUUUACCGAGGGUGUUAGUUGAGCUUGAUAUCACCAAAUCAUAUCCUGAUUGUAUUUGGUUAGGUUAUGAAAAGCUUGGCUAUGUUCACCAAGUCGUUAUGGAUGAAUUUCCUUCAUUUUGCGGUACUUGUCGCUACUCUGGUCAUGCGCUGGGUGAAUGCCGGUCAAAAAAUGUUGUUUUGGAAUCGUCGGGUUUACCUAAAAUUGUAGAACCUAUCGCUAAAAACGGUGACCCUGUUACUGUGGAACUGGUUGCUGUAGCUCUGAAUAAUUGUGAUCUUCCUGCUUCUAAUCAAGGGGAACGGGCGCUCCCUGUGGGCGAAGUGACUGGAUUUGUGGAUUCUUUGGUUAUUUUUAAUUCGUCUGACACUAUAUCCCCUAUGAAUUUGGUUAAUUUGGUUAAUGAUGCGAAUGUUGUGCCUUGUGGUCAUGUUGAUAACUCGGUUGUCCUAUCCCCCGAUGCAGUUCCCUUUGUCCCUAUGGUUACUGUGUCAGGUGUUAAUGAACUUCAGUCUGCUGAUGCAUUGGUUUUACCUGUUACUGAGGUUGGGGCUGGGUCUGUUGUACCGGCUGCUCUGUCAUCUGAUGUUGGAAUUUCCCUUUUGCCGGUUGUGACUGCUGUUAGUGAUCCUGAGCGAAUGCUGGUGGAGAAAUUGAAUGGUAACUUGGUGUGUUCCAAUAAUUGUGUUGAUGCCCCUGUACAAGUGGUGGAUACGCUCAAUUUGGUGAAUUGUUUGGGCGAUAAAUCUGGCUUUGAUAUUAGAAAUCACGAUUUCAACAAAAGCGUCUGCGACAAGAUUUAUCGGCGUCGUCCAGCUGUUGUGGAGUUGUAUAAGAAUCCGAACAAUGAGUCUUGGCAUGAGGAUUUCGUCAACAACGACUCCGACAAGGAAUCUGACGGCAGCUCAUCCGACGAGGUAUCUGUACGAAUUUUACACGUGAAAAUGAAGUCAUCAUACUUGAAAAUUAAAAAUCGAUGA